AUGUCGCAAAUCUGGGAGCAGGAAUCCGAUGAUUUGCACGAAUGUCUUCUUCAGGGCCAAGUUUGCAUACUUUGUUGGAAGAAGAAUGUCUUGAAGCUUGAAAGCGUGGAAGACGUUAAGCAGAAGAUACAGGUGUGUCUCGACGUGGAGUUACCUGAAGAUAUACCGGUUGUGCUCUGCGAAUCGUGUGAAAAUUAUAUUGACAAGUUCUAUGAAUUCAAGAAAACCUCUCAACACUCGCUCAAAAGGGUUUGUGAGUUAUUGGACAGGCCUAUCAAAACAGAAACGAGUGUUACCGAUGAUAUUAUAUUAUUCGAAGUAGAAGAUGAGAAUUCAGAUGCAACGAACACCGACUACAUGGACCCUACCCCUGAACUCGUAAAACGUAAACGGAAACGUUCAAAUACUUGGUGCAUAUAUUGCUUAGUUGAUUUAAUAACCACAGAGAAUUUCAUAAAACACAGAGAACAAUUGCAUGGUAUAAUAAACAACCAAUACAAAUGUUAUGGCUGUGAUAAGUUUUACUCAAGUCGGAAACGUGUUAUAUACCAUGAGAGAUACUAUUGUCAGGCCCUAAGGAACGGUUACAAGUGCCCAUUGUGUGAAAUAGUCUUGGCGGGAAGACGAAUUCUUGAAUUGCACCUAAAAAGACAUAAAUUCAAUGUGCAAAUAAAAGAGAAAGAUAUAUUUCAGUGUGAUUAUUGCAACAGGGUGUUUAGUAAACAGGAAAAUCUUAUUAAUCAUAUUAAAAAACAUAUAAAUAAACCCAAGUUUAUAUGUGAGAUAUGUGGUCGAGCGUUCACACGUGGAGAUUAUUUACACAAACACAAGUCUAUACACACCGGGUUGAAGAAAUACUGCUGUCCGCUGUGUGACUACAGAACAGUACAGAAGUCAGCGCUGAAUUGUCAUAUAAGGACACACACAGGUGAACGUCCUUACAGUUGUGAUAAGUGUUCAUACACUACAACGUCAAGCGGUAACCUAAGGGGGCAUAUGCAGACCCAUUCGGAAAUUAAGCUAUUCGAUUGUCAAGUGUGCGACAAGAAGUUCGGUUAUAAGAAGAGUCUAGAAUAUCACAUGUCAUCUGCGCACGCGUCGCAGGACUACUCGUGCAAAUGUGGCGCCACCUACAAGUCGAACAGCUCGUUGCGGCGUCACCGGCGUGUGAAACACUGUGAAAAUGGGGAUGAUAUAAAUAAAUAA